AUUAUUACUCCGACUUCAGGGAUGAAGAAAGAGUAACGGAGGCGAAAAUCUUGGCAGAUGCAAACACGUCUUUGGGCUCACUCGAGACUUCUGAAGACCCUACUGAUCCUAAUCUGAACAGCUUUCAUUUUAAUUCUGAUGCUGACGGAAGUGAUGGUGAGUUGAUCAAAGGCAAGGAGCAGCAAGCCAUGGGUGAAAACGUGUCUCUUGUUUCAGCACAGACUUCUGAAAAUUUAAAGAACACCACUAAUCCUAAUCUGAACGCUUCGCAUAUUGAUGCUGGUGCUGACGAAAAGGAUGCUGAGCCAAACAAUGGUAAAGAACAUCAAUCAACACUAAGUGAAAACCUAGGAACUGGUUCCUUGGAAAUAAAGGAUAAAAUUGGGAAUAACGAUCAAGGGAUAGAUGACGAGGCAGUGGGCAUACGCGCCAAAGACAGUUCAGAACUUCGGCGAGCGAGAUUACAGUUUCUAAGGAAGCUAUUUGCGGCCAGUAGAAUAUGUCUGGCCAGUACUCACUUCCUGAGACGUCUGCAGAAAUUCAAACUGUUCGUUGAAGACUCUCGAAUUCGUGACAUUGUUGUAAACGCCAUCUUGUAUCAAACAGUCGGAGGAGGUCAUGGACAGAUUCCUCCGACAGCCGUCCACAGACGCUGUAGUGAAUUUGUCAACGUUGCUGUCUGCGUAAACAGUGC